UCGGUACUAGAUCUAGCAUGUUGACCAAUUUCGCGGAAGCAUACAGAGGUCAUGAAUAAAAAGGCUGCUGUACACAACACACCGUCAAGUAGUCUGCACUUCAGAAUGUAUAGCAGACCUUUACGCGUGCACCCAUUCAAGUUAUCCGACAUUGUGCCCGACGCAGAGCUUCUCGCUACCUUGGAAGCAGGCGAGCAACUCGUAGCUAAAGCUGCUGCCAUGAUUCGUUUCCGGGUUUGUACUGUGCCUGCUCUGGCAACGACCCUCAACUUUAUAUGCCUCUUUGGUUCAACUACAAGCUUCUCUAUAGCGAAGCAUUCUUAUAGUGGUUGGAUAUGGCCGUUCACAUCACAGCGUUGCGUGAUCUCGAAUAGUUUGCGCAUUUGACGACUAUGCCAUUGACUAUAUGCCAGGACACGAAGAAAUUGUCGCCCAGUUUGCGUUCCAU